AUGGAUGUGGAGGCAAACAGUGGGGCGGAGGAGUCAGGGCCGAGCCUCCUGAAUGUGGUUCUGCAGAUGAGGUCCCUGGAAGCUGUCCAGCUGGAUCUGAACACUAUGAAUACCCAGGCCGACCGCGCCCUUCAGCAGCUGGAGCGGGCAAUCCAUCAGUACUAUCUGGAGCACAGCAACUACGGCAUCCAGAGCAUCCCAGGCUUCUGGGUCACCGCCCCUCGAAACUACCCACAGCUGUUCGAAAUGAUUCGGGGCCAAGAUGUGGAAAUGUUAAGAUACAUAACCAACCUGGAAGUGAAGGAGUCCAGUCUCUCUAGGGCAAGCUGCCGGUUCAAGUUCUUUUUAAGAAACCCCUUCUUCAGAAACACUCUGAUCGUCAAUGACUACGAGGUCAGACCCACUGGCCAAGUGAUAUCACUCUCCACUCCAAUCAAAUGGCGCCCUGGCCAUGAACCUCAGCCCUUCAUUCAUGGGAACCAGGAUGCCACGUGUAGUUUCUUCACCUAGCUUUCAGACCACAGCCAUCCAGAGCGUGACAGGAUCACACAGAUCAUCAAAGAGGACCUCUGGCCAAACCCACUGCAAUACUAUCUCUUACACACAGGGGCCCCUAGGGCUAGACAUCGCCAGAUAAGAGAACCUGUGGAGAUCCCUAGGCCCUUUGGGUUCCAAUCUGGUUAA